UGUAAGUCCAAUUCGCUCAGUUGCAUUCCCUGCCUCUCGACCAUUAGCAACAUGCCAACGCGUGUGAUCUAAAUAUUGUAUACCUUUUUGGGUAUCGUGAAGCAACUUCAGGAUUACCUCGCCUCAUAGGUGCUUAGCAACGAUUUCGAUUCUUCGUUGUUCCUGCACUGUGCCCUCACGCAAAGGCUAACAGCAGAUACUAUAAUUAAAGCAACAUACUACAAUCAAAGCCACUUCCAUAUGAGUUCCCGGCUGGACACUUGCCGAAAAUGGUUCGCGCUUGUGGCUUCAAUGGGUGUAGAGUACGGUACAGCGCCUCGAGGUGAGGCGGGCGGCUCGCUAUGCGAAGUCGACUCACCUUAGCAACUGAAACUACGUACAUAUACUAACAAUCAGCACCGUGAGCUGGAUUACAGGCCGUCGUGACCAACAGCUCACCAAAUUGUGCCGGGCGAAAGACGGGCGUGUACUGGCGGGCGACAGCUAAGCGUGACAGCACAACUUCAGUACCAGGAGCUUGAAGUUCGGUGUUUCCACAAGGCCAGCCAUGGUGGCAGCGGCUGGGGCCGCCGCCCACAGCGCCGCCUGAAAGCUCGCGCCAUGCGGGUGUUGCUGACAGCCGUCACUCUCCGGGUGGCAUGAAGCCUUCUGAAGCACGCAGAGAUGAUGGAAGCGGCGAGGAUGCUGCAGGCGCCAGGGCCGGCCUUGAGGGCACUGUUAUCGAUGGUAUGACGCCAUCCUUGCAGCAGCAGGAGCAACAACAGCAAGCUGCCGCAGUGGCGGCGGCAUUGGAGAUAUUAACUCGUGGUACGCGUGGUCCACCCGAGACGGAGGAGGACAACCCAAGCAGCUACACACAUCGCGGCGGCGCCUCGGACCAGGGACAUCAGGGGAUACGGCAGCAGCUGCCACUGCCGGGGCCUACUAGGCGUCAGCAGCAGCAACAGCCGUUGUCAGCAGCCAACAAUGACGUCAUAGCCGUGCUCGCAGCACUGCAGGCAUCGCAGGCCGGAGGGGGUGCUGCGGGUAACACGGGAGGAGUAGCCGCCGCUUCAAACACACCAGCUGCCGCGGGCGGGGGCGUGCAGCAGCCGCACAGGCCCACAGCGGUACACGGUAUCGCAUUAAACACCCUGGCGACUCUCACCGCAAAGCAGACGGGUGCUGCAGCAGGCGCCGGCGGCCUCCCGGGCUUGGGCAUGGGUAUGGGCGGCAUCACUGGCGGGGUGCCAACGAGGCAGGGCAGUGGCAGCGGCGGCGAUUUGGACGGUACGACAGGCGUUGCCGGGCGAUCGUUGAGUGGGAGCCUGAACACCAGCCAUAUCCAAGCGGCCCUGGUGCAGGCGGCGACGGCCUCAGCAAUCAUGGCAGCGCAGCGAAACGCCGCCGCAGCUGCUGCCGCUGCCGCCGCUCAACAACCCUACUUGGAUGCGGCAGCUGUGACCGCACCUAGCGAGGGUCGUAAGCGCAAGCGCGGCUCGCCGUCGCCCUCGGCCCUGGGUGCAGGCGGCGGAAGAGGAGGCAGCACGGGCAGAGCAGGGGCUGGCGGCGGCAGCAUGCCAAACCACAUGCUUUCAGGGCAGCCUGCGGCUGCGUACGUGAACCUCGAUGCAGAUAUUGACAAGGACUCGCCCUGCCGUAACCAAACUGGCUAUGUGGGUGUGCGGCAAAGGAAGUGGGGCAUGUUUGCGGCGGAAAUCCGGGACGGCGACAAGCGGCGGUGGCUUGGAUCCUUUCCCUCUGCUCAAGAGGCGGGGCUGGCUUACGAUGCGGCGGCUAUCGUGCAGAAGGGCUGCAAGGCCAAGACGAACUUCGCGUACGCUGAUCAGGAGACCAAUCCUCGGCCGAAUGCGGAGUUGGUGGCUAGGGUUCGAUGGGACUUGCUUCCCGAGGAAGUUGCCCAGCAAAUGGCGGCAAGGAAUGGACCAAGCAAAUCCGCACGGCUGGGCGGCGGGGCGCUGGCUGCCAAGGCUAAACAACUGAGGCACGGACCGGAAGCCGCCGCAUCCGACAACGCCACAGCUGCGGCUGCAGCUGCCCUGCAUGCUCCGGCGGCGGCGGCCGCAGCAACGGCGAACGCACCUGCAGCAGGAAUGCGAGCUUCCGCGGCGGCACUGGCUGCCGCUGCUGCUGCAGCGGCGGCAGCAGCCGCAGCAGCAGUAGCACCUGUGGCAAACCCUGUCACGACUGCCACAGCCCAGUCGGAUGGAGCCGCCGCAGGGGCAGCGGUCGGGUCCACAACAGCUAUCCGGGGUGCGAAGGCGGGGCCCGCCGCGCCCGUCCUAAACAAGCAGCAGCAACCGCAGCAGCAACAAGAGCCGUCCAUGGCUGAGCCCGCCAGCUCACCGGUUGCCGCGCCUGAACGCUUGCCCCCUUCAAGCAUGGCGGCCGGAACCGGCGCAGGGGCGACUAAGGGCGUUGGUACAAACAUAGCCUCCGCCGCCGCCACCACCGCUGGCGGCGGCAGCGGCGGCGACGCAAGCGCUGCGCCGGCCCCUGCCAGGCCUGCCAUGUCAGCUGGCGGCUCCGCCAGUACGGCACCGGCGGGUAUGGCCACGUCGGGGAAUGAGGGGCAGGCACGUCUACCCCCGGCGCCGCAAGAUCAGUACUACCCACUCCAAUCGCACCGGCAACCGCAAGCUAACACCGCUCUGCAACAAUUGACGGGUCUUCCUGGCGUGUCCGGCAGCGCUGCUGGUGGUGGUGGUGGUGGUGGCGGCGGUAGCGCCGCCGUCACCGUUGCGGCGGCGGGUGCGGGCGGUGGCGCCAGCGCUGUCGACGCACCCGACGCGGACAUUGACGGUCCCAACGACGAGGUGGCCACUUCCUCUGACGGCCGCCAGCUCCGCAACACUCGGGAGGGCCCCGGCGGCAGCAUUGGCGGGUCCGGUGCUCCCGGCGGAGGGGGCCACCGACGCCGCCCUGGCGUCAGUGGCGCCAGUGGCAGCGGCGGCGGCAGCCUAUACGUGCAGGACAUGCAGGUGGAUCCGCAGCAUAUGGCUCGCCUUCCGCCGCACGUGUGGCCACCGCAGGCUCCUGCGGCGCAUGACCCGCAUGGCAGGCUCUCUGGCGGCCUGCUGUCGCCGCACCAUCAUGCUUUAGGAUACGGGGCGGCGCCGCCGUACGGCCUCCCGCCGCCGUACGGAGGGCCGUUGAUCGGCCACGACUCAGCGAUUGCGCCGGAGGAAGUCGAGGAGUUGUACGCACACCCAGACGCGCCGUACAGGUACCCUCCAGGUUACGCUCCUCCUCCUGGCAUGCAUCCGCAUAUGGCAGCGGGCGAAUACGAGGAUGUGGACGAGCAUGGUGUGCCGUACGUGUACAGCUACUGGGGGCCUGGUGGCUACGCACCAGUUGCUGGGUACGACGAAGACGGAAAUCCUGUCGUGUACGAGCCCUACCCGCCGUACUCUCGAUAUCCUGGGUACGAGAUGUCGUACCCCAUGCCCUACGAUGGGGACCCGGAGGCCGCUCCCGCGGGGCACCCAUGCCCCUACCCUCCGCCGCACUUGGCCGGGGGGAUGUUGGGACCGCUGCCCCCGUCCCUGAGGUACCCCUCCCUGGGGGGCCUUGGGAGGUCCGACGGCGGCGCCGGACCAAGCCAAGCGCAUGGGGCUACUGGUGCCGCCGCCGCGGCGGUGGUGGCGGCGGCGGCGGGCGGGGCCCGUAACAUGGGUGCUGCCGCGGCUGGUGCGGCGAAUGAUGUACUUCAGUUGCCGGCCGCUCGGGGUGGCGCCCGGAAAAACCCCGCCGGCAGAGCAGGCGAGGCAAGCGGCCCCAGCGGCGCAGAGCGGGUGGCAGGGGGUGCUUCCACCGCUGCCGCCGCAGCGAUAGGGGCCAGCGGUCCACGAAACGGCGGGGGCGGUUCUGGUGGCGGCGACACCGCCGCUGCUGCUGCUGCUGUACAGGGCCCCGACGGAGCCCCGUUGCCCGUAACAGCUUCCGGGCCUGACGGCAAGCCACGGAACGCAACCGGAGCCCUGCCGGGGGGCGCCGCCGCUGCGGCUGGCACACAUGCGGAUGUGGAUGCCAGCGGCGCCGGCAGCAGCGGCGGAGCUCGUGGUGCCGAGGAGGGCCCGGCGCCGUCCAGGAGCACCGCCGGAGGUGCGCGACAAGCCGCGGUGCUGCAGGCCGUCGGGCACCUGGGAGGCUACUUUGAGGAUGUGUACGGCGGCUCCUUUGGCGGGGCGGUGGUGCCCCUGGGGUACCUGCCGUACGGCGGUCCGCUGUACGGCGGCCACGGUCGUUACCCCCUUGGGUCCCGCGGGUCGAGCGGUGGCGGCACCGCAAUGCGUAGCAUCCCGGGUAUUUCCAGUGGCGGCGGCGCCGCCGCCAGCGCGUUGUUGGGUCCUGACGGUGUCCUGCUGCCCGCAUCAAUGAAACGAGCUUCUCAAGCAGCCGCUGCUGGCGGCGGCGGCGGCGGGCGUUACUCCUCGCCACCUCCCCGUGGCGCCAGCGGGGGCAGCGGCGCCGGCGCCGGCAGAGCCGCGCACCCUCACCUGGGUCAUACGCAUCCCGCCACCGUUGUCGGCGGCGGCGCCGGCGCGGGACCGUCAGCUGCACAUGCGGCUCUUCAUGGGGCAGUGGGUAGCGGCGCCGCCAGCCAAGGUCCGGGAGUGGGGUCGCUUGGAGAAGCGGCCGGGUUUGGCGGCGGUGGCGACGCAGUGGGCGAGGGUACCAGCGCCAGAGCUCAUCUGCAUGCUUUUCCGGGUUACGACCCACGGGUCUCUCCAGGCGCCUAUCCUCCACCGGAUCCAAUGGACGCUAUGGACCCGUACGGACCCCCACCGUACGGCCUUCCGUACGAUACCGUACAUGGUGGCGUGCUGCUUCCGGCGGGGUACCCCCCAGGGGCGUACGGGCCCCCUCCAGUACACUACGUGGACCCUCUUACAGGCGAGCAUUACUACUAUGAAGUGCCGUACUACCAAGGUCCGGAGGAGGAAGAAGAAGCCGAGGCUGCUGCAGCUGCUGCUGGUCAUCCGUAUGGCUUGUCGUACUAUACAAUGCCGCAUCCCAUGUACCACUCUGCGCACGGCGGCCUGCCAGCGGGGUCGACCCGGCUGCGUAGCGGCGGCAGCUCUGGCGGCGGUGCGGGGCAGCUGGCGUCCGGACGCCAUGUGCAGCUGCCCGGAGUGCUCGUUGGCUUGCCUCCUGACUACCCAGAUGACAGUGGGGACCCCGGCUACCUGCGCUCUCGCUCGCUGGGGGCCCCACCGCCGCACCCCCAGGGCUACUACGCCCGCACCAUUUCCACCGGGGGCACCCAGCAAGGAGCCCUGCUAGCUCCCUACGGGCACCUGGACCCCCUCCAAAGCCCCCACGCUGCGGCCUUCGCCAGCCGCCGGCCUGGCGUCAGCACCGGCGGCACGACACAGCAACCGACAACCGCCGGCAGCGGGCCGCUUCAUGGCGGCGGUACGGCACUGAACGCUGCAGGAGCCUCUGGCAUUGGCUCGUCGGGUGUUGGCGGG